AUGACGCCGUGGAGCACUCCCAGCUCGACGCUGCGGGCGCCCCGCCAAAGGCGCGAUAAGCAGGUGGAGGCGGCGGCGGCGGAGGUGGCGGCGGCGGCGGAGGCGGCGAUACCACAAACGUACCUGCGCAACUCCUGCACUGUGGUCGGAAGUUCAGCGAAACGGCUAGUCACAGGCCCAGCGCAUCCCAGCCGAGCAGAGCCGCAGCGGUCCAGCAGCAGCAGCAGCAGCAGCAGCAGCAGCAGCAGAGGUCCCGCAGCCAGCCAGUCCUCCUGCAGCAGCAGCAGCCAGCAGCAGCAGCAGCAGCAGAGGUCCCGGUCACGGUCCCGGUCCCGGUCCCGGUCCCGGCCUGCAGCAGCGGUCCCGCCGGCAGCAGCCAGCCAGCCAGCCAGCCAGCCAGCCAGCCAGCCCAGCGCAUCCCAGCCGAGCAGAGCCGCAGCGGUCCAGCAGCAGCAGCAGCAGCAGCACAGCGGUCCCGCCGGCAGCAGCCAGCCAGUCCUCCUGCAGCAGCAGCAGCAGCAAGAGCCAGCCAGCCAGCCAGCCAGCCCAGCGCAUCCCAGCCGAGCAGAGCCGCAGCGGUCCAGCAGCAGCAGCAGCAGCAGCAGAGGUCCCGGUCCCGGUCCCGGUCCCGGCCCCGGCCUGCAGCAGCGGUCCCGCCGGCAGCAGCCAGCCAGUCCUCCUGCAGCAGCAGCAGCAGCAACCACCGCCAGAUCCCCGUUCGGCUCCAACCUCUCCUUCCUG